AUGCUCUUUAACGCUUUCACUUUCCUCGGCAUCGCGUCUGUCGCAAUUGCUCAUGGCAAUCAUGACCAAGAGCCGAUGGAAGGACCUCAUCAAUCCCUUUGGUACAACACGCUCCCUGGCGAUGGUGGUACUCAAGCCGACUCUGUCUUUUCAGGCAUCAGCACCUUUGGUCGACUUCCUUACCAACCUUGUCUAGGACACAACAGUAUCAAAUAUGACAUCGCUUUCAUUGGUGCACCAUUCGACACAGGUACUUCGUACAGACCCGGUGCUCGAUUCGGCCCUUCUGGCAUCCGACAGGGCUCUCGACGACUCAACCUCUACGGAGGCUACAAUGUACCACUAGCCACGAACCCUUUCAACAGUUGGGCAACUGUUCUAGACUGCGGUGAUAUCCCAGUCACUUCUUAUGAUAAUCAAUUCGCACUCCAGCAGAUCGAAGAAGGCCAUUACAGUAUCCUCUCACGACCACCAGUCACGGAUGCAGACAAGUUUGGUCCAGCAAGUAAAGGUCGAACUCUACCUCGAGUCAUCACUCUUGGUGGUGAUCACACUAUUACCUUGCCCCUGCUCCGAUCCAUCAACAGAGCGUAUGGACCUGUCACUGUUAUUCACUUUGACAGUCAUCUGGACACAUGGAGGCCCAAGGUCUUCGGUGGUUCGCCCUCAGAAGCCGCAAGUAUCAACCAUGGUACAUACUUCUACCACGCUGCCAUGGAAGGUCUGCUUGUGAAUGACACCAACAUUCACGCUGGUAUUCGUACCACUCUUAGCGGUCCUAGUGACUAUGACAACGAUGGUUACUGUGGCUUUGAGAUUGUCGAGGCACGAGAAAUCGAUACAAUCGGCACAACAGGCAUUAUUGAGAAGAUUCUGAAGCGUGUUGGAACUGAUCGCCCUGUCUAUCUGUCUAUUGACAUUGAUACUCUCGAUCCAGCGUUCGCUCCCGCUACUGGUACCCCCGAGACUGGUGGAUGGUCGACCAGAGAGCUCAGGACGAUCAUCCGAGGACUUGAGAGCCUGAACCUUAUCGCUGCAGACAUUGUUGAAGUUGCUCCUGCUUAUGACACUAACGCGGAGCAUACCACGAUGGCAGCCGCUGAUGUCCUUUAUGAAGUUAUGUCAAUCAUGGUCAAGAAGGGACCACUUAGCAGAAUGAUGGACAGCAAGAAAGAAGAGGAGCUGUGA